AUGCACACGUCUAACCCGUUACAACUCUCCCACUCUUGGCAAAACUGGUCUAACGAGUAUCGCCCUGGACCGCGAGAGCGACUUACUCAGAUAUACGAUUCACCACCGCACAGAAAACCGCGUGAUCUGUGGCAAGAGGCGCGAUGGGCCGUAUGCGACAUCCGCGAUGGGUUCAAUGCCCUCGCGCACGUAGUUCUCGAAUACGGGACCAUGAGCCAGGCAUACGUGCAAGUCGACUUCAGCAAAACGGAGUCCGGGGCGCCAUAUGAUGGCAUGAAGCCACCUCGUGAAUGGCCGGAGGUGUUCAGACCAUAUUUCAAGGACAUACAGCGGAGGUUCGAGGGAACGCCUAGUCCAUUUGAGAGGGAGAAUGGAGGCCCCUUCGAAGACGGUUUCGCAAGCACUGUUGCCAAAUGGGCGGAGAAGCUAGUCUACCUCAUCAUCCUCGCGCAGACGAAGGGCAGACCAAGAGCGUGGCCGGACACGGUGGACCCUGAACGCCAGCUCGGAACUCAGGAUAAGGACUCCUUGUACGACCUUCAAAAACGCUUGGUCUGGGCGCAGGAUCUCUCCCGGCUGCACGACGAAUCAUCUUAUGAGCUGGAGGACGGCCCCAGGUUUAAGCACAAGGUGGAUUGGACACUCCAGUGCCGGUCAAGACUAUUAUUCUACUCCUCGGCGUCGAUACAGCUGGCAGACAUAGAAGCAAGAUUCUCGCCAAGAUGCGGCCCGGAAGAAUCCCUGCGUGUGGUCAGACACUUUAUGAAUGUGGCAGCCGGGGAUCUACGACUAAUGCUUCGUCACGGUGAGGUACAGCCGCAUAAGAGAUGGUGGGAUGAUUACCGAACAAACCACGAGGGCUUUAUCAUUCGCGUGCUCGACGACUGCCUGGACGACCGUCCAUUUACUCUUGAUUAUCCGACGAUCUCCAUCUCAGAGGUGGUCGCUAACUUCGCUCGCCUGACAUUAUCAGGAUACCACCCCACAAGUACUGCAUCCACUGUCUCCGUGAAUCAACACGAACUCAGCGGUGAGGAACCCGACGGGAGCGCUCAGGUUAGGAGUCACGUCCAACAGGAUGUAUCUGUAGGCGUGGGUGGAGAUGGACCAGGAGAUGAAUCCACCAACAGCUUGAACACUGGUAAAGAUGACUCUCCACUUCCAUCGGACCUUCUCUUGUCGCCGAUUUGA